UUUUUAUUUUGAAGAUGUUUCUACUUCAUCGGCUGAUUUUGAAAGUGUAUGAACGUGUUUCGUAUGCGAUCAGUCAUCGCCACUGAAGGAUAAUAAAGUGCUCUCCUAUUAUCAUUAGCCUCGACGUCCGCCAAGUGAUCUGCCAUCACCAAUCAGCAGAGCACCAGGAAAGUUCUGUUUGAAAGCUCCAAUAAAGAGUGUGGUGUAUAAAGCCACAGGAAUCCCGGGUAGGAGUAAGAGUGGCGCUGGGGUGCGGCAGCUGGUGAGGGAGCGGCGAGCCUGAGGAGUGAGGAGUGACGCUGGUGGAGAGUGCCGAGGUGAACAGUUAAUGAAGUUGAAUGAAAAGGAGAAAAGAGAUAACAACAAGCUGGUGACGUUCUGAAAUUCAGGAAAGAGAAACAUUCAACGAUAAUAUCAGGCUUGCUUAGAAAAUAACUAAAAAGUAAACAGUCUGAAGUGAUGAUAUUUGGAGUGAGACCGCAAGGUCCGGUGAUGCUGGCCAUGGAACGGGCGAUAGUGAUGAUGGCUGUGGUGGCGAUGGUGAUUGGUGAUGCCAGCAGAUCAGUCGACGGACUGGUCUGCCCCUCGGUCAAAGAAAUACAUCCUUGUACAUGCAAAGUGAAGUCAAGAGGUCUGAGCAUAGCCUGCGAGAACGUGGAUGAAGGCCAGGUGCUGACGAGCAUGAGCGUGCUCAAAAAUCGCUCCACUGUCCUGUACCGACUCAUGUUUCGUAAUUUCGACUUUCCUCGUGUGUACGACUAUUCGUUCUUGGGACUGGAGGUGAAUCAUCUCACCAUGAGCAAGACCAACAUCAGCGUGGUGGAGGACUCCUCGCUCAGGACCCUUGCGCGGGACCUGGAGACACUCGAUCUGUCCUACAAUAGCCUCAAGGCGGUGCCCACGACAGCCUUGAUGGAUCUGCAGAACCUCUCGUUCCUAAAUCUCAACUACAACAUGAUUAAGGUGCUCGGACAGUCGGUGUUCAAGGGGCUGAAAGCUUUGGAACGGCUAUCUCUCUACAGCAACCAAAUAAAUCACGUCGACGACAACGCCUUCUUCGGCAUCGGCAACAAGUUGUACCGCCUCAAUCUGGGCAAGAAUCAUUUAUCGGACGUGCCCAACCUUCACACCUUGGAGAAGUUGGAGGUGCUGGCCCUUAGCGAGAACUUCAUCACCACUAUCCUCGAGGGAAGCUUCUUGGGUCUCAACAAGCUGGACGUGCUUAUGCUGGAGAACAACAAACUGGCAGUGCUGGAAGCCAACGUAUUCAGUGCCAUCUCAAGCCUCAACUCCCUCAACCUGAAGCACAACCUCAUCACCAACAUCAGUGACUUGGCCUUCAUGGGACUGGAAGACAACCUGGAGUGGCUUGAGAUCGGCCACAAUCGCCUGGACCACAUCCCGUCCCACGCCCUCCGUCCCUUGCACAACCUUCGUCAGCUUGACCUUGACUCCAACCGCAUCACUAACGUGGCGGAAGACGCCUUCGAACGCUACGGGGAGAGCCUCAAGUUCCUCAUGUUGAAUCGAAACAACAUCAGGGAAUUCUUGCCCAUGACCUUCUUCGACUUACACUCCUUGGAAUGGCUCAAGCUGUCCCACAACGACCUGACGCACCUCUCAGAGGACACCGUGCUGCCCAUCCUCGAUACCCUCACCAUGAUUGACCUCUCGCAUAAUCCACUGGAGUGUGACUGUGACCUCAUGUGGCUCACACACUGGCUGCAUGAGUUCAAGCGGCGCGAAACCUACACUGUUAUGGCACCGCACACCUGUACACGCAGAAAGAAACGCACGUACGACAUCAUUGACCUGAGAGCGUCAGACAUGGGCUGCCCGGAGUACAAUGUGAUAGGGGGUUCUGCUGCUUCCCCCCCUGUGCUCUCAGGCCUAACCAUGUGCCUGUUGGUGGCCUCGCUGCGCACCUAGACUUGUGGCCACUGACAGACGGUAGUCGAGAGUGGCGAUGAAGAGUAGCUGUGUUGACUCGCAAGACUGCAGAUUCUGCGGACGGAAGGCACAAGACAGCCGCUGGGUGCGCGGGACAGCGGCGCUGUACUGAGUUUUUUGAUUGCCGAAUAUCUUACUUUAACAUGUUAAGGAUUUAAAUGGGAUUCUUUACUUACAUGUAUAAUCAACUAAAACGGAACAAAGUGCCGUUUUCUGUGUGGAAUAGAAAAACAACCCGUGAUAUUACUGCAAAAAAACUUUACUUUCCUUGCUAUUAAACGCUUUCAUGAUUUUCGCUGCGAGCACUUAUUUGUUAUACUUUUAGCCAAGUCUUUCCUCCAGCUGUAUAAAUCAAAACGAAGGGAAAUCCGUUUCUUGAGUAGGUACACAACAUGGCCCUCCGGAGCAGCGACGGUGGUGGGAUGUUGGGCCUUGGCAGUAGGAGCGCGGUUGAGGUACCCACCACCAGUACAAAGCAGGUGACAUCUAUUGCAGUGUUACAAGUCAUGGUCAGCGCUGAAAGGAUUGGUAACAUAAGGGGAGCAAAUACUAGUUUGACAGCAUCUUUUACUAAAUUUACGAGUAUUACUGUAGUAUUAUGCGUGGCAGCAACAGUAAUUGUAUUAUUUGUUCCUGACGCAGUAUUUGUCACGACGCAUCAGUAUGUUUUCUGUGUUAUCUUCGUAAAUACAUGCUAGGUUAGUAUAUUAAUUUCUGUCUCUGAUCUGGUGCACUAUUUGUUUGUGUGUAUGUGUGUAUCCCCCUCUUUGCAUAUUAAAUAUCUUAUGUUA